CCCCACCACAAAACAAGAAUCUGAGUUAGAGUUACAUGUUAACACCGGCGGAGGUGGAGGUAAGGAACGAAAGUGGCAAAUCGGCAAAAAAGUCAACCAUUUUCUCAGAAACUCCUCUUGUGGUCGGUCGCCGCUUGUCAAAGCCAGCAGAUCUAUAUCAACAAAAGAAAUGGCCUGCGUUGAAGAAACUCAAGCACCAUUGGGCAGCAAUGAACUGCCUCCUGAAAUCACUUUGAUCCCACUCGGCUCGGACGAAAAAUCCGCUGCUGAGAUGGCUGCAUUGAACGAGAAUACGCCUGAAUCUGGAGUUCCCCGCAAUGUGUCUCCUACAUCUGCCCAGGUCAUGAAGAGCGUCUUCUUCAAAGAGAUGGUCGUGAAGACCAAAGUCUGUGAGGAAACAUCCUCCAUUGAAGGAUCUGAUGAGGAUUCUGGCGAGGAGUCCCCUUGCAGCUGCGAUAACGGAGAUGACAGUGAUGGCGAGGAGUUGCGCCAGUGCGCCAAGGAAUGCGUUCACUCAACCACUGAAAAUGCUGAACAGGACCAGAAUGAAGACAAGGAGGAUGUACUGGAUGCUAUUGUGAAGAAACUCUUCAACAAAAAGCAAGAUCAGGCGGAGGCAGUUGAUGGUGAAGAAACCAACAGCGUUUCUUCAGAAAUCGAGUUAAACUACAAGGGUGAAGAGACUGAUAACAGUCAGGAUCCGACUGUUGACAUUGUUGCUCAAAUCGCAGCAAAUGAUUUUCAGGCCAGCCAAGUGGAAGUUGCUCAAAGCCAAGCCAACGCUCAAGAGGAGCAGGAAGCAGCCGAAGCUGUGCUCCCCGAGACUGACCAGCAAACUCAGGCUGCCACCAAUCAGUUGAUGGUCUAUUUGCUGGAAGAGGGACAGAACAAAGAAAAUGGAACCCCAGCUGUUACCGAAACAAUGGAGCUUACAGUCCCCACUGGCAUGGGCGAAGUGGAAGAAGCAGCCCAGGGAACCCAAGAAGCUCUUGCGCGUCCUUUGACCAUGGAAGAAAAGCAGAUGCUCAUUCUUCACAAGUACACGCCUGGAUUGGAUGCUGUCUUGAAGGAUGAUCGCUGGCUUACAAACAACCCUGAAGGGUACAGCUUGAGGGAGGCUCUUGCCAAUGCUGGUUUUUGUGCCACAGAGCUGAUUAUGCAAGCCUUGCAGGUGAAUCCCUGCUUGUACCAUCUGAAGAAAGAAGAUGACUGGUUUGGAAGGAACAUGCUUGGAAAGAAAGGUGUCAACGCUGUGCUUGCUAGGAUUGGAGUCGUGGAAGGCCACUCAACUGAAUACGGACCCGCCUACAAACACGUUCAGAGGUUCUCUGGCACAUACAUCUUUGUGCGCCACUCCCUUGAUCAUGGAGAUUUUCCUGGAUAUCUGAACAAGCUUAAGGAAAAGGCAGAGAUGCUCAGGGGCGAAUUUCCUCACUUGAGCAACCCUGAGCGCUCCAGAACUCCCAGGUGCACCCCUAUAAUCCAAGAGCCUGAAAUCAUCUUCCAGUAUGUGCACCCUGCGUUGGAUGAGAUGGUGGCAAUUGCUAGAAAAGGAAAACCCAGCCCUCUGUCCCCAAGAGUGGCUAACAGCAACACCCAGCAGCAGGUUCCCAAGAAGAGGUGCCUGCAGUUCAAGGAGAACCAAGAGCAAGAAUCUCCUACCAAACGUCCACGUGUUGCUGGCAAUGCUGAUGGCCAGGUGAACAAAAUCCAUUAUUUCACCUUCCCAAGGUUGUAAGCAGUAUUCAUUUCUACGUGGUCUUGAUUAUGUUUUUGUAAUCUAAAGCAGAUCUGCAUACCAGUUUUUUUGUAUGGGAAAAAUGAUUCAAAAUUUAAUUUUCCUUGUCACUAACAAAUCCUUUAACUCGAGUUGAAACAAGAAAUAACCAAACCUCAGUUGCAGUGGCACAGUUAAUGGCCUUAGUUAAUUUUUAUAUUGUUGCAAUACCAGCUAUUGUAACUUAUGUAUGCAAAAUAUUUUGUCCUUUGAAAUAAAGUUAUUAAAAACAA